UGGGUUCAUUCCCAAGCAAAACUACUGCAAAGUAAAAAAAAAAAAAAAGUUCGACAAGCAAGCUAAGCCACCCCCAUCAUGGAGAUGGAGCUAAGUGCAGCCACGCUCCUAUUCGUCUUCCUCAUCUCCUUGCCAAUCCUUGUGACCUUGCUGAGCCACAAAUCAACUUCGACCUCCAAGAAGAGGCGUCCUCCAGGCCCGUGGAACCUCCCAUUGAUUGGAAGCCUCCUCCACUUCGUCAAGUCGCAUCCGCCGGCCGUUCUCCGGGACCUGGCCAACAAGUAUGGCCCCGUGAUGUUCCUACGGAUGGGCCAAAUCGACACUGUCGUGAUAACCUCGCCGGCGGCGGCCGAGGAGGUUCUCCGCGAUAAGGAUGUCAUCUUCGCGUCGAGGCCGAGCAUCGUGGCUUCGGAGCUCUUCUGCUACCAAAACCGCGACAUCGUCUUCUCGCCAUAUGGCUCUUAUUGGCGGACGCUGCGCAAGCUCUGCACGAUGGAGCUCCUCAGUGCAAAGAUGGUGCGGCAGUUCGCACCCAUCAGGGAUAACGAGACGAUGUCCCUCGUCAAAAAUAUGCAAGCUGCUGGACGAGGUGGUGAGCUGGUCAAUCUUGCUAGGCACCUCGUAGCCUGCACCAACUCGAUCACGGCAAAGGCGGCUUUCGGUCAGGUUUGCAGCGGCGAGCUCCAGAACCAGUUCCUGUCGUCGACGGCUGUGGCGAUAAGUUACAGUGCGGGCUUCACCGUCGGGGAUGUCUUUCCAUCGCUACGCUUCAUUGACGUCGUCACUGGGCUCAGGCGAAGGAUGUGGCGAGCACGCUUGCAGCUGGACGACGUCUUUGACAAGAUCAUUGCUCGAUCUGAGGCGCAGCGAGGUGAUGACCUGGUGAGCGUCCUCCUUCGGAUCAGGGACGAGGGGGAGCUGCAAUUCCCCAUCAGCACAAUAAACAUCAAGGCAAUUAUAUUGGAUAUGUUCGUUGGAGGGACGGAUACGACAUCAUCAGCUGCAGAGUGGACCAUGUCAGAGCUCAUGAGGAACCCAGAUGUAAUGGCCAAGGCACAGGCUGAGGUGCGACGAGUAUUUGAUAACGUGAGCCCACAAGACCAUGAGGCCAAACUGGACGAGCUGCAGUACAUUAAAAUGGUGAUCAAGGAGAGCUUGAGGCUGCACCCAGUGGUGCCAAUGCUAGUUCCGCAUUUUUGUCAGGAGACUUGUGAUGUAGGUGGGUUCCAAGUCAUGGAGGGCACUAGGGUCAUAAUAAACGUGUGGGCCAUGGCAAGGAGCCCCGAGUAUUGGCAUGACGCGGAGAAGUUCAGGCCCGAGAGGUUUGAGGAUGCCAUGCUUGACUUCAAAGGCUCUCAGUUCCAGUACUUGCCAUUUGGGGCAGGGAGGAGAAGGUGCCCUGGUGAUACGUUCGGGCUGGCUGUGCUGGAGCUCAUUAUUGCACGCCUUCUCUACUACAUCGACUGGAGCCUCCCAGUCAGGAUGCAGCCUGAUGACAUUGAUAUGGAAAUGAAUGUUUCCGCAACAGCCAGGAGAAAGAACCAGCUGCACUUAGUGGCAUCACCAUAUAAGAAGGUUUCGUGCAAUACUGAUUGACGAGAUAGUUAGUAUGUGCUUGUUGGCCAAUAUCUACUGUUGUGUCUGCGUACCUCAUAUCUACGGUUAAUGGCGUGAGUACUGCUCCGUUGAAGGUACAAGCGAGUAGGACAUCAUAGGAAGUCCAACAUAACGUCACACGUUGUACCAAAAAUAAUUGCUUCAUCGAUAUUAUGAAUAUGUUCGCUACUCUAGCGCCCCCAUCA